AGAACAGAGGACUAAAAAACAAAUGGCCAUUUCACAACUUUCCAACCUCAUCUUCCUACCAUCACUUCACCGGCAAACUAUUUUCCAGCAAUGCCACCCCACUUCAGUUUUUCUCACACCCCCAAAAAAAACAAAUACAAAAACUAUUAAAUAUGGAAAAAAAUUCAAGUGGAUAACUUAUCAAAGUUUAGUUGAUAAACAGAGCCUAGUAACAAGUCCAACAGUUGAUAUGAAAAAAUUAGUGGAAUUUUUAUAUGAUGAUCUUCCUCAUCUAUUUGAUGAUCAAGGAAUUGAUCGUAAGGCUUAUGAUGAUUAUGUGAAGUUUAGAGACCCAAUUACUAAACAUGAUUCAAUUGAUGGUUAUUUGUUUAAUAUUGCCAUGUUGAAGCAAUUGUUCAGGCCUGAUUUUCAGCUUCAUUGGGCUAAACAGACAGGGCCCUAUGAAAUAACUACAAGGUGGACUAUGGUGAUGAAGUUCGUUCUUCUUCCAUGGAAACCUGAAUUAGUCUUCACAGGCACUUCCGUUAUGGGCGUCAAUCCUAAAACGAACAAGUUUAACAGUCACGUGGACUACUGGGAUUCGAUUCAGAAUAAUGAUUAUUUUUCUCUAGAAGGUUUGUUCGAGGUCAUGAAACAGUUAAGGAUUUACAAGACCCCCGACUUGGAAACGCCCAGUUAUCAGAUACUAAGAAAAACAGCAGCUUACGAGGUAAGGAAAUAUGAUCCUUUCAUAGUUGUAGAAACAGAAGCCGACAAUCUCGCAGGAAAUAGAGGUUUCAAUGAUGUUGCGGGGUACAUAUUUGGCAAAAAUUCAACGACAGAGAAGAUACCGAUGACUACUCCUGUCUUCACUCAGGCAUUUGAUGCUGAAAAAUCUAAAGUGUCAAUCCAAAUAGUUCUCCCAUCGGAUAAAUCUUUGAGCAGCUUACCAGCUCCCAAUAAAGAAGGUAUUAGCUUAAGGAAAACGGAAGGAGGCAUCGCUGCUGCACUAAAAUUUAGUGGAAAACCAACAGAUGAUGCUGUUCAAGAAAAGGAGAAACAACUCCGAUCCAGUCUUAUAAAAGACGGUCUCAAACCUCAAUCUGGUUGUAUGCUUGCUCGCUACAAUGAUCCUGGUCGCACGUGGAAGUUUAUAAUGAGGAAUGAAGUUAUUAUAUGGCUUGAAGACUUCAAGAUGGAUUGAAUCUUGGUUAUUUCAUUGUCCCAUGGAGUCUAUCGGAAAUAGUCGACUGAGUCUGUCAAUUAUUUUUACCAACGUAGAAAAGCGUGUUUUUGGUAGUCUCUGGUGUUCAUAUAUUGACUCUCAUUCUCAAAAUUGUUGAGAGUUUCAGGAGUGCAAGACAGGAGAUUGACAAGCAAAAGACAGUUUAGAAAAAUGUACUUAUACUGAACAGUUCCACAAGCAAUGAAAUUACGGUUUACUGUAUUUUUUAUGCACGGGCCAUGUCUGAAAUGUUUAGAGAUUUUUUUUUUGUUGUUG